AGGAAACGGAACGAACGUCACUAGGUAUUGCUCAGUUGCACGACGCGUUUCACUCUCGUGCUUCCUCAUUCCCAUUCUCAAAAACACGUGACUCUGCAGGAAAAAAGUCCCAUUAACGAUUAGAAAAUGUCGCUGGUGUACAAGAAUUCAAUGAAAGCCAUCGGCAAGCUGGUGCCAGAGAAGCUCCAGCCCAUGUGGAAUCAUCCAGCAGGUCCGCAAACCAUUUUCUUUUGGGCGCCAGCUUUCAAAUGGGGACUUGUUAUUGCGGGGUUGGGAGACCUAUCACGACCAGCUAGUAAGAUAUCUUUGAGCCAAUCUGCAGCACUUGGGGCUACUGGUUUAAUAUGGACAAGAUAUUCAUUGGCUAUUACACCUAAGAACUACAGUCUCUUCAGUGUUAAUUUGUUUGUGGCUUUCACUGCACUUUAUCAAGUGGCUAGAGCUGUCAAGUAUCAGAACGAGCAAAAAGAAAAGGAGAAAGAGACAGCUCCAGCAGCGCUGAGCAGUCAUUGAUUAAAAACAGAAAUGAAAAAAAAACGUGCAUUCCUAGAUAGCGAAUUUUUAAACAGUUAUUGCCGAGUGCGUUUUAAUUACACACGAGCGUUGAGUUGAUAGUGAUUAUCGAGUCAAUGAGGUUGUGGAAUUCUUAGUGUAAUACGAAAUAAUGGAACGACAGCAGAUACUCUGCUAGACCAAUUUAACUGGUGGUACUGGAGUUUAUGAAAGAAAUCUCAUUAUACUCAAUGGAAAAUUACGCGAGGGGAAUAUCUCAUUGAGCGUUUGGACCAGAUGGUUAUCGUGAAUCAUUAAACUUAGGUGAAUGAAGUUGUAAUUAUUAAAACGUUCAACUGUGAUACAAAUUGAAACGGUUUCAACUCACAUGAAAUAUCGUCACGUAAUCAUUGUAUCCUUAUCACGCAACACCAAACGUUUUCUCAUUUUAAUUCAUGAGGUGAGAAACACCUGUUUAUAAUCUCGUGAGAUAAAAAUUAGUUAAUGCGAAGAUCUAAUGCAAAUUAUGUCGACGAGGACAAAAAUAAAAAGGUAAUCGAGAAGUUGCGAUUGUGAGCGGGUAUCAUGAUCGUGAUUUAAAUAAGGUUCUACCUCUUUCAACCGUUUUUACUAAUUGUUGAUAGCCAAUCUAUUGAAUUAAUUCAAUUUCGUAUCAACGGGUUUAUUACAGUUUUAUUCAAUUGUAAUUGUAAAUUAUCUUGUCAUCUCGGAGUCAGAAAUAAAAUCGACAUUUUUAGAUAACUUUGAAUGUGCAAAUAAUUCAACCUGGAUGUGU